GUUAACUCUUGCUUUCUUUAAUCUUGAUUGAGAUGUUGUUUAAUGGAGGUGAUGUGUCUCUUGUGACCUUUGACUUCAUACCCACACCACCCACUCUUUUCUUGCACAGCCAGUCAACUGCUUUCUUUCCCAUCUCUCCUGUCCUCUCUAGCCAAAUGCUCCAUCAAAUUUGUCUCUGACCAUCUCCCAGUGCUCAAGAAAACGACCUCCAAUGCAUAAAUCUUGGAAAAAAAUGGAAUUUUGAUACGUAAUUGGCUAAUGAUAGAUGAAUUCGAUUGAUAUAGCUUGUUGAGAGUGUUGAGAACAGAGCAGAGUCAAACCCCAGCUCUUUCCAUUUCUUUGGAUCUUCUUCUUCUUCUGUUCCACUGUAAUGGAAAGAUAGUGUUCUGCUUCAUCGUCAUCUUCUCCUCUUCCUUCUUCUUCUUCUUCUUCUUCUUCUUCUUCUUCUUCUUCUUCUUCUUCUUCCUUCUCUGUUUCUUCUCUUGAUGCGCGUUGACUUCUUUUCGUGAGAAUCUAAACUAGUCUGAAUCAAGCAAGAAUCUACCGAGAAUCCUCAAUGGUGCUGCAAAAGAUGGAUUUUUAGCCAGAAAAGACCAUUAUUUAUCGAUUUAAUUUGUUCUCCUGCAUGAAAACGUUGACUUCGAUGGAAAGCAGGGGAGGCUUCUGGGCAUCGAUCUCCACGCACGCUUGCUGCUUUCUCCUGUUCUGCCUGCUCGGAGCUCGACUCGCUUGUUCUCAGAAUCAGAGCUGCCACUCCGGCGACUUGGAUGCGUUGCGGGGCUUCGCCGACGGCUUGAAGUCUUCUCCCCCUGGGUGGAACGUCAACGACUCUUCCUCAAGUUGCUGCGAUUGGCUCGGCGUCGUCUGCGGCCCUCCGGCGAUCACUGGCAGAAGAGUGGUCGGAUUGGUUCUUCGCAACAGAAGCCUGAGAGGCUUCAUCUCCGACGCCUUGGCCGGACUGGAUCGGCUCAAAAGGCUCGAUCUCUCCAUCAACAACCUUCAGGGGCCGGUUCCUCACCGGCUGUUCCGCCUUCCUCUGCUGGAGAAUCUCAGCCUCAGCACCAACGAGCUCGCCGGCGUGAUUCCUCCCGACGCGAGCCUUCCGGCGAUCCAAGUGUUCAACGUUUCCUGCAACUACUUCACCGGCCACCACCCCAUCCUCGCCGGCUCGGCCAACCUCACCUUGUCCGACCUCACCGCCAACAAGUUCCACGGCGCCUUCGACGCAGGCAUCUGCAACUCUUCAACCAAGAUCCAGGUUCUCCGACUCGCCAUGAACAGCUUCUCCGGCGCUAUCCCGAGAGGCAUCAAGAACUGCAGCUCCCUCGUCGAGCUCUCGCUCGGCGAGAACAGCAUCGCCGGAAACCUGCCCGACGAGCUGUUCGAGAUGCCGUCGUUGACGCAGCUAUCCGUUCAGCAAAACUUGCUCUCCGGCAAUCUCAGUACAAGUAUCGGCAACCUCUCCAAUCUGGUCCUCCUCGAUCUUUCGCUCAAUCAGUUCUCGGGUUACAUCCCGGACGUCUUCGGCAAUCUUCCGAAGCUCGAGUCGUUCUCGGCUCAUUCCAACCAUUUCGUCGGUGAUCUACCAACCUCUCUAUCGAACUCGCCAUCUCUCAAGGUGCUUAAUCUGAACAACAACUCCCUCAGCGGCGAGAUCGAUCUCAAUUGCACGGCAAUGACCAGUUUAAGCUUCCUUGAUCUCGGCUCCAAUGCUUUCUCUGGCACCAUCACUGACAACCUCCCUCAGUGCGUGCAGCUGAGGACCGUGAAUCUCGCCAAGAAUGAUCUCGCAGGCGAGAUUCCCCGCAGCUUCAAGAACUUCGUCCCGUUGUCCGAUCUCUCACUCACCGGGAAUCGCCUCUCGGACAUAUCCUCAGCCUUGCAGAUCCUUCAGCACUGCCCCAACCUCACCAUCCUAGUCCUCACGAAGAAUUUCCGUGGGGGCGAGACGAUGCCGGCCGAUGGAAUCCAAGGCUUUCAGAAGCUGGAGGUCCUCGUCGUCGCAAACUGCGCUCUUUCAGGCGCAGUUCCGCCAUGGCUGGCAAACUCCCCCGAGCUGGAAGUUCUGGACCUAUCAUGGAACUACUUGUCCGGCGCGAUCCCACCGUGGUUCGGGAACCUCGACAACCUCUUCUACUUGGACCUGUCGAAUAAUUCGCUCACUGGUGAGCUUCCCAGUGGCUUGACACGGAUGAAGAGCCUCAAGCACGGGGGCAGUUCGCAGAACUCCUCGGAGAACUUUCCCUUCUUCAUCAAGAAGAACUCAACCGGGAAGGGGUUGCAGUAUAACCAAAUCAGCAGCUUUCCUUCAUCUUUGGUUCUGAGCCAUAACAUGCUCGUCGGGCCAAUCUUGCCUGGAUUCGGGGAACUGUCACAUCUCUAUGUUCUGGAUUUGAGCUGGAACAAUCUUUCAGGAAGCAUACCUGAGGAUUUGUCAGGGAUGACAGACUUAGAGACCUUGGAUUUGUCUCGCAACAAGCUCACCGGAAGCAUACCAUCUUCUCUGACCAACUUGAGCUUCCUGUCAAACUUCGAUGUGGCAUACAACAAUCUCGCCGGAGCAGUCCCAACAGGAGGGCAAUUCUCAACCUUCUCAAGCUCUGCGUUCGAAGGCAAUCCAGGCCUGUGCGGCUUCCACUUCUCCCCUUGCUCCUCUGCAAAUCCUUCACCACCACGAAGCAGGCGACACGGCAGAAGUGCUGCCUUAGGCAUGGCGAUCGGAAUCGGAGUUGCGACAGCUUCUCUCCUCGUAGUUGCUUAUUUCAUCCUACUGCGAGCUCGACCGAGAGGACGCGAAGACAACGCCAAGGUGGUCGCUCAUGCAGAUGAAUUCUCCGACCCCGCCGGUUGCAGACUAGUGCUGCUGUUCCAGAACAAGGACAACCGGGAGCUCAGCAUCGACGACAUCCUGAGAUCCACCGACAACUUCGAUCAAGCUCACAUCGUCGGCUGCGGAGGGUUCGCACUGGUCUACGGAGCAACUCUGCCGGACGGAAGAAAGGUUGCCAUCAAGAGGCUUUCCGGCGACUACUGUCAGAUGGAGAAGGAGUUCCAGGCCGAGGUGGAAACCCUCUCCAGAGUUCAGCACGAGAACCUUGUUCCGCUGCAGGGGUACUGCAGGGUGGGCAACGACAGGCUCCUCAUCUACUCCUACAUGGAGAAUGGCAGCUUGGACUUCUGGCUCCAUGAGAAACUACAUGAAGGCAACUCAACGCUGGACUGGGGAAGACGACUUCGGAUCGCUCGAGGCGCAGCCAGGGGAUUGGCGUACUUGCACCAAUCCUGCGAGCCCCAUAUACUACACCGCGACAUCAAAUCUAGCAACAUCCUCCUCGACCAUGAAUUCGAAGCUCAUUUAGCAGAUUUCGGCCUUGCGAGGCUGAUCCUUCCUUACAAGACUCAUGUGACGACAGACCUGGUCGGGACUCUGGGAUACAUUCCCCCGGAGUACGGGCAGUCCUCUGUUGCUACCUUCAAGGGCGAUGUCUACAGCUUCGGUGUGGUUCUCCUGGAGCUGCUCACCGGAAGGAGGCCGGUGGACAUGUGCAGACCAAAAGCCCACAGGAACGUGGUGUCAUGGGUGCUUCAGAUGAAGAACGAGAAGAGGGAGAUUGAGGUCUUUGAUCCUUCCGUAUGCAGCAAGCAGCAUGACAGAGAGGCAAUGAGGAUGCUUGAGAUUGCAUGCCUUUGCGUCAGUGAUUCUCCAAAGCUGAGGCCGUCGACCGGUGACUUAGUUGCAUGGCUGGAAGAAAUUGGCCAUGAUGAGAAUUGACUGAAGAGAAAGAGAGAGAUGGAAUACCUUCACUGGCGGUGAGCUCACUACAGACUAAUAGACACUGUAAAGCUUUAGAUC